AAGACUUAGAACAGAGAUGGGGCCAAUACGUCCUGCAUAAAUUGGAGCUUUUCGUGAACGACACGAUCCGCCUCUACCGCGCCUUUCAAUACUUCUUCAUCUCUCCCUCUCUGUGUGCGUGUGUUUGUAGUCUAAUGGAGAUGGGGGACCAGUACGGCCUGCCGGAUCUACGGCAGUUGAUGGCUGGAAGAAGCCAUUUUCCGGUAGUCCCUCAACCCACAGAACAGUUCCCUGGUCACCGGAAUCUGACAGCAGGCCAGCAUUACGAGAUGAUGUUAGGUGGUCAUCAUCAACAUCAAGUAGGUGAGGUGUUGCCUCGUGGAGUGGUGGACUUUCGUUCUGAUUCCAACCCCUCCUCUUCUGCGGCUGCUCUAUGUGGUGGUGGUGGUGGUGGAUUGGAGAUGGAAGUCAGUAUCGGUGGUGAUGGAGGGAACGGUAGAUGGCCCAGACAAGAGACUCUCACCCUUCUGGAGAUCAGAUCUCGUCUUGAUCCCAAGUUCAAGGAGGCUAAUCAGAAAGGACCUCUGUGGGAUGAAGUGUCUAGGAUAAUGGCAGAGGAACACGGGUACCAAAGGAGUGGAAAGAAGUGUAGAGAAAAAUUCGAGAACUUAUACAAGUACUAUAAGAAGACUAAGGAAGGCAAAGCUGGGAGACAAGAUGGGAAGCACUAUAGAUUUUUUCGUCAGCUUGAGGCUCUAUAUGGAGAAAGCAGCAAUCCGGUUUCCGUCUCAGAAACCCGAGUUGCUGAAACCAGUCCUCGAUUUCGAACCACAAAUAACAGUACCCAGGAAGCUUUGCAAGCUCAAAAGUUCAGUGAGAGCCUCAGCCUGUCGAAUUCCUCUGAAUUGGAUUCUUCGUCGUCGGAAGACAACGGCAAUGAUCUCAACGCCAUUGCCUACACGGGAAACGACUGGAAGGAGAAGAAGAAGAUGAUGAUGAUGAUGUCGAAAGACUGCCAAGGAUUUAAGAGGGGUCGACGGAGCUGGAAGUCGAAGAUUAGAGAGUUCGUGGACUCGCAGAUGAGGAAGUUAAUGGAGACGCAAGAGGCCUGGCUGGAGAAAAUGCUGAAGACCUUAGAACACAAGGAACAAGAGAGGAUGUCCAGGGAGGAAGAAUGGAGGAGGCAGGAGGCAGCCCGGUUGGAUAGAGAACAGAAGUUCUGGGCUAAGGAGCGAGCUUGGAUUGAAGCUCGAGAUGCUGCAUUAAUGGAAGCCUUGAGGAAGUUUACGGGAAGAGAACUAAAGAGCUCCUUCACUGAAGAGCUGGUGGCCCCAGACCUCCACGAUAACAGUGAAAACCAGAAUGAGAAUGUAAGUGAAACGCUUGAUAGCACCAUGAACAGUAAUAGAUGGCCGGAACAGGAGAUCUCAAGUCUAAUACAACUGGGAACCAGCAUGGAAUCCAGAAUUCAGCAUGGUGAGUUCUCAAAGGGGGGAUUGUGGGAGGAGAUUUCAGCGAAGAUGGCUUGCUUGGGCUACAACAGGAGUGCGAAGCAAUGCAAAGAGAAAUGGGAGAUAAUCAACAAAUGUUUCAGAGAAAACAAGGAGUGCAACAAGAAACGCAAGGAAAACUCAAGAACCUAUCCGUGCUCCCAUAACCUCGACACCCUAUACAACCAGGGAAGGGCUUAUUCCGGCGGCCACGACACCGACGAGCAAGGGCCUGACACCGUCGGACUUCAACCAAACGACGCCCCUUCUCCUUCGAAUUCUAAUGCAGGCGCCACCACGACGGUGCAUGACAGCUGCUUUCGAUAUCUGAUGGCUGAAGGCGAGAAUUUGUGGGAGAAUUACGGGGUGAGGUUUAACAAAGGAGAGAACCACAUGGCAUGUCGCCAAUAAUUUUAGCAAGGAGCCUCCUGUGUGUCAGGACUGCCAGAAGUUGCACCGGGGGAAUCGAAUCAGAUCAAAUGUCAUGAAGUCGGAGAUAUCACAGUCAUGACUUCGAAAUUCUAAGAGACAUCAGAAUUUGUUUCUUGAUCUUGGUUUGGCCUUUUCCUUGGUUUUUCUUUUCGUUCUAUUGUCGCUCUUCUUUCUUUAAUUUAUUCCGUUUCUUUUUGAAAAGCACAGCUGCUUGUAUGCUGCGGUUGUAAUCAAAGAAAUUUAUCAAAACGUGAUUAGAUAACAGUUUUGGAGAUGACCCAUUUUCAA